AUGGCCCCGUUGAGCCGCCCGGCCUGCACAUCCGUGUGGAUGGAUGGGAUGGCCGAGACGCCGCAUCCCCAAAACACGGCGCGUCGCGGCAUGGAUCUUGAGGGCCGCACUGUUGAGCUCUGUGACGGUUAUCACUGCUUUGAAUCAUACCAUGCACGCGGUUCCUCCGCGAUGCGACCGACGUUUUGCGCGACUAAUUCCUUUCGCUUCUUGCAGGCAGGCAAGCGGAUGAGCGGGCGUCCGGGACAUGGGCAUGGGCGCGGAAAUCGCAUGCAUGCUCCCGCCACGCGCUGCCAGUGGUCCGUCCCUCCGCCAUGA